UGGGAGAUAAAAAUGGAUUUUUUAUUAAAAAAAUGGGGAGCUAAAAGUUGGUUUUUGGUGUUUUAGGACUCAAAAGAUACGAUAUGAUACAUCCGAUACAAGGCGUAUUGUAUUGAUUUUUUGAACCUUGCUUAUAAUCCUUUUACCUUGACUCAUAAAAAACCACUGGAAAUCAAUUAAAACAUGUUCCAAGCAUUUUUUAAAAAAAUGGACAUGCAUCGUAAAUCACAUCCCAACCACUGCAUGAUCAGUGAACCGUUUCCCCCAAUGGUUGAAUGAUGUGGUGCUUACAUGUAUGUGCACAUACAUAAAAAGUGGUGACGAAAAUCAUCUUACCAAAUAACAUUAGUGUUACUCAAUGCCUACAUGGCAGAAACACUAUCAACCAUAUAAAGGUGUUUUUUUGUAAAAAGCGGGUCUAGCAAGUGUGGACAUUUUUUUUUUAAAUGAGUCCCAAAAAACGUCUAUGUUUCCAAACACCAUUUUAGGAAAGUGUUUUGUAUUUUGUUUGGUUUGAGUCAAAAUGAUUUGAAAUGAUUUCAUGUCAGCACCAUAUAGGCAUUUAAUUAGAUUUGAACGGCCAAAUUUCUAAUUGGCUGGAGAUUGUAUUUGGUAAAAACACUGCAUUUUGAUGAAAAUUCAUGUCAAGGGGUGUUUAAAAGCCAAAUUACUGUGGGAGGGAGGCAAGGUCUCAAAGCCUUUAGUGGUUUGGUGCUAAUGUGGUUUGAUAUGGAUGAAAAAACACAUAUUUCCUACCAAACAGAGUCUAAGUAUAUUUAUACUUAAAUUGUAGUUGUCGACGUCAGAUUCCUCACGUUUCUUCCUAACUCCUUUAAAUUUUGUAUAUUUUUUGAAUUUCUAAAAUAAAAAAAAAUUAAAUAUGACAUAUCCAACCUCACCCACAACCAAUUUGGUUAAGAAGUUGAAUGUAACGUGGGCAUCUUUUUACAAUUCAGAUCUCAUACUCAUACCUACCCACAAGACUCUACAACUGUACAUUAGGAUCAUUUCUCAUGAAUGAUAACAUAUAAAUACGAGAGAUGUUCUCAAUGUAUGGAUAAGAGAUCCAAACACAUCUUUUUGAAACCAGCUCGAUGCAGAGGUUUCUUCUGGUUCAAGCAUAAGUGAAGGCACUUCUGUUUGGAAGAAUAAACAGUUUUUCAAACCAAAAAUGCUUUGAUUGAAACACCUACGGUACCAAACACAACCUAAAUUGGUUUGACAAAAUUGUCAAAGUAAAUGACUAGACUAAAAGAAAGUCAUAGCAAUGUACCAAAGAACGGAUGGAUAGGCUUGUUGAGUGAAUGAUUAUUAAUAAAUAAUAUCGUUGAAGCGAUAGCUGGAAAAGUCCAAAAGAUACCCUUUUUUUUAUUAUUUGUGGGGUAGCAAUAGCGUUGGAUAGUCUUCCUUGCUUCCAAGCUAAGAAAGCUCUCUUGGUUCCCCAUUGUUUCAUAUGUUAGUCUAUAGUUAUUAAAUUCUCUUAUGCAUCCGCCAUUAAAACAGAAAUAAGCACUUUUAUGCCUUGUUUGUUCUUGAAAUCAGCAAUCAGUCUCAACCUAAGAUGGGGUUCUAUCAGACUCAGACCAGAUUAGACUGUUGAACCAGUGACCCAGUGAGAUUUUGGAGUCCCCGGUGAAUUUUCGAAUUUUCUGUCCGCUCCAAGUCUGUCAAAGUGUCAAGCUUUACUUUUUCAAAUUUGCUUUUUAUACAUCCAUGAGCCAUCAAAUUAUCAACUAAAUAUAGAAAAUAAUUGCAUGAAAAACUUUUCUCUGAUUCAUGGCGCUAGUUUUAUGUAGUCAACAUCUGUUUACAUCCUAUAUUAUCUGGCAGCUUCUUCUUAUUGGAUUUAAUUUGGCCCACAAGUCACAUCGAUUUGGUUUUGGAUAAUCCAAACCAUUCCACAUGCCUACAUUAUUCACUGAGUAAUAUAGAAAUAUUUUUCUUCCAAGUUACGACAGUGAUUGGUUGGCUAACGGCCAUGAGAGGAACUAUUCUCUCUAAUAAAUGAUUCAUUGGAGGCUCCCAUUGAAACUCCUCUUUCUGUAAGUAUACAGAAUGAUGAAAACAGUGCAGCUCCAAACAAUAGUUCACGAUUGAUUGUAUGAUAUUUACAGUUCAAUACUUCCAUUCCAACUAAGGACUAUGCAUUGUCUCGCCUUAACAAUGAAGAAUUGGCCUUGAAGAGUGAGAAAGACCCAAGAACUCACAUUUUAACACAAGACAUGGCCCUUGAUGAGUUUAGCAUUUACCUUAGAAACCAUUAAUGUCAAACCGUCUGAAGUAGUCUUGAUCAGUUUAUUGGGGGAUUAUAAAUAGCAUUCAAGCUGGUAGGAUAGAAAUUAGUGAGCAAAACAAGUAAUGCUUUUGAUGGGGAUUAAGCUGUUGAAAGCUGAAGCCAUGAUCAAAUGUUUUAGUUUUGCCAGGUGUCCUGACUUCUCCUACCAGUGUUCAAAUUUCUUACCUAAAUUCAAUGAUUCAACUGGUCCAUGGGAACAAUUGGAGCAAUGGGGCUUUGCUAACCCUUAGAAUAUAAGCCAUUGUAUGAUGAUUUGGGCUCAGCUGGAUUUAGUCAUAUUGCUCUAGUCUUGAGUUCGAUCUGCUUGGAGGCCAAGCUAGCUUGCCCAUUGAUGAUGUUCACCACCAAACACUGCUCAUUUUGACAUGGGUGAAAUGAUUAACCAGUAAUCAUCAAAGCAAUACACUAAAACUCUUGUAGUGGGUAUGUUCUUCAUGAUUUUAUGGAUUGGAAUGAUAAAACUCUAUUAAAGUAAAGAAAAGAUUGGUUUCAAAGUGCACCAUUUGAACUAAAUGUGUGCUUGUGCUCUGCCAUUACACUCCAAUGAAGUUGGUGGAGUUGGUCAUCUAAGCAGGCACAAGUGGCCCCCCUAACCCUCAAUUAAUCAAUGAUUCAACACCCCAAACCAGUAAUUUGGUAGAACAUAAUCAAAUACUGGAUGUACCAAAUUCAAACAUCAUUAUGACUUGCAAAUUUCAACCAUCAGAUUCAUUGACGUUUGACUUGAAUAAUGAACAAUACCUAAGAUGACCCACUUAAUGAAUGGAUUAGAUUGUUAUACGUGGCACUGAUUUGGACUACCAAGAUUCAAGAUGCUUUACCUUAAGAGAGAUGUAGAAUGAGAUUUGUCAUCCACUGUCUCUAAUAACAACUGAACACAGAGAGCGAGCCCAAGUCUCCUGUUCCACAUUGAGACCACGCUGGUCGAUUAGUCUGAACUUUCCUAUUUAGCAAAUCAACCACAACCGACUAAGCUGUUAUUAAAACUAAUAACAACCCAUUUUUCUCCUCUCCCCAAAACCCGCAAAUCCAAGCUCAAACCCUGUGCCUUUACUACUUGAUUUUGCUUUUCGGCCUGAAUCUUGGUAGUUUGAUAAAUUUAGGUACGUUUCUAUCUUAUUAACAUGUCUGGAAGAAAUCCCACGUAUACCAACCCAAAACCCUGCAAACAUCUUGCAGAUUACAAGCUAAAACAUGGUUUGGAUGGGUACAACUCACUUCAGAAGAGCCUCAAAACAACCCCAAAUGGAAGAACUGCCAUGAAUCGAGACCAGAGCAAGAUACCCAGAUGCAGUUUUUGUUCUGGGUAUGAAGGGAGGCUUUAUUUUUGUCUGAUCUGUUCCUCCGUUUCAUGUUUUAGCUCGCUUGAAUUAAACCACGCCUUCUUGCAUUCCCAAUCUGUGAAGGGUCAUGAGAUUGCUGUGGACAUGGAAAGAGCCGAGCUCUUUUGCUGUGUAUGCUGUGAUCAGGUCUAUGAUCCCGAUUUUGAUAAGGCGGUGAUGUGUAAACAGAUUAUGGAGAUGCCCUGUAACAACAAUGUUGUUGAUGUUAGUAUAGAGAGUUCAAAUAAGAGGAGAAAGGUGGCUCCGAAGAAGACCGCCCUUGAUUUGAAGAAUUCAAGGGAUUUGGUUAUGAGGUUGCGUCGAGAAUCAAAUUCAUGCUUUCUUUGGGGCUUGAGGGGAUUGAACAAUCUGGGCAGUACUUGUUUCAUGAACUCGGUGUUGCAAGCAUUGCUUCAUGCACCCCCAUUGAGGAACUACUUCCUUACUGAACAGCAUAGCCGGGAAAGUUGCCGGAAGAGUUCAUUUGAUGGACUCUGCUUGCGCUGCGAAAUUGCCACUCUCUUCUCUGCUUUCUUUUCUGGGGAUCGGGCACCUUACAGUCCUGCCCGGUUUCUUUACAGCUGGUGGAAGCAUUCAGCAGAUCUUGCCAGUUAUGAACAACAGGAUGCACAUGAAUUUUUCAUCUCACUCCUUGACAGAAUCCAUGAAAGGGGGGAACAAGCCAGACCCUCAAACAAAGAUAAUGGAGAUUGCCAUUGUAUUACUCAUAGAGUAUUCUCUGGGGUCUUGAGAUCAGAUGUUACUUGUACAACAUGUGGGUUCACUUCAACAACCUAUGAUCCCUGUGUGGAUAUAUCUCUUGAUUUAGACCCAAGAAACGGCUGUGCAAUGGAGGUAGCUGAUGGGUUCAUCAAACAAAGUGAAACCAAGGACAUGUCUACUCUUGUUGGUUGCUUAGACCUCUUCACAAGGCCAGAAAAAUUGGGCUCUGACCAGAAGCUAUACUGCCAACACUGUCAAGUAAGACGAGACUCAUUGAAGCAAAUGUCCAUCAGACGGCUUCCAUUGGUCUUGUGUUUCCAUAUAAAACGAUUUGAGCAUUCCCCAAUCCGAAAAAUGUCAAGAAAGAUAAACCGGUACUUGCAGUUCCCUUUCACAUUAGACAUGACCCCAUAUCUAUCAUCUUCAAUCGUGAGGAAUAGGUUUGGGAACAGGAUAUUUGCUUUUGAGAGUGACGAAGCAGAUAUUUCUACAGAAUUUGAUGUGUUUGCAGUUGUUACUCAUUCUGGGAAGCUUGAAUCUGGCCAUUAUGUGACAUACUUGCGCCUGAAGAACCAAUGGUACAAAUGUGAUGAUGCAUGGAUUACACAAGUUAGUGAAGGGGUGGUGAGAGCUUCACAAGGCUACUUGAUUUACUAUGUGCAGAAAAUUCUUUACCACAAAGCAAGUGAGGAUAUGCUAGCUCAACCAAUUUCGCCUCAUAGAGAUUCAUUUCUUUCUACAUCUGUGUGUUGCUAAAUGGAAUGUCUUACAUGGAAUAAGGUUAAACACCAAGCUAAAUCAAAGAGACAUGGGUUUUCUCUCAUCUGUGACCGGAUAAUGCAUGGACAAAAAGAAACAGAAGUUUAACAUUUAGGAGGGUCUGAGAAUCAUCCCCUGCAAGCCAUAAAAUAAGACAGGCUUCAGUUGUAAAUAGAUAGAAUGCAGAGCAUACUAAGAACAACCAUGCUGUUGAGCUCCAGUACUUAGCAUAACCUUUCCAGAGAAUAUCAACCAAAACUUACUCUUCAGAUUCAACAAAACAUGUUCCAGAUUUGACUCUUAUUGACUCAUGAGUUUCCUGCUCAGGUAUUUGACGAGUUCAGGAGCUUCAGAAACCAUUCUGUUUCCUACUUACAUGGAUAUAAUUUCAAGUGAACUUGGCCCAAGUUUCUCUUUGUGGCCUUUUAGAUCAGACAUGUACAUUUUAUUUUCAUUGAAGCAUUGAUGGAAUUAAUUAUUUUGACUCCUGUUAUUAA